GUCUCCAUAUUGACACAUUACAGCAAAGGCUCUAUUUACCGCGCUGUGCACUUGCUUUCCAUGUCAUGAUGUCAGUGCUUGCUUGUCGCGUUUAACCUCUCACACUAUAACAUAAACACUGAGUAUUGGUUCUGCAGUGUAGCAGCUUGAGCAGCCCCGCCGCGUGCCGACCAUGGUCGCCGACGACGCGGACGCGCCGGGGCCCUCGCCCUACUCGGAUAACUACUUGGCAACAUUUGCAGCGACAACAAUCCAGCGGCACUAUCGAGGAUACCGCGUGCGAAAAGAUUACCAAGCGCGGCGAGCGCGCAUUCGCAAGGUGGAGUUGGAAUGGGCCUCGCACCACGACUACGCCUACCGCACGCACAUGGCAGCGCGGGCCAUCCAGACCGCCUGGCGCGCCUUCCGCAACCGCCGCAUCUUCAACUACUACCGCGACCUCAUUCGCUUCAGGGAGCGUGGCGACCCCCGCGAGCUGCUAAAAGUGAUCAAUCCGCGCGAAGCGCAGCUUGUGGACGCGGCCGCGGGCAUCCACGUGCGCUUCCGGCUGGGCGGCACCGUAUUCCCGCCGCUGGUGUUCUAUAAAAUAUUCACCCACCGCACAGUGGUUGAUAUUGGCGCAUUUGGGCCUCGUGACUAUGCAAAUGAGGUCCGAAUGACGCCGAAUGAGAUACACAAUCGGCCUGCGCCCGGGGUCGGCGGCGUCGCGUUCGUAUCGGCACAGCAGGCCCUGGCAACCAACAGCGGCCCCGGCUCGGGCGCGGGCUCGGCGUCGCAGACACCCACCCGGCGCGGUCCGGGAGCGGCGGCCGCGGCCGCAGCACUGACGUCUGCGGCCGGAGGAGGAGGCGGUGGCGGGGCGUCGUCGUUUGGGCGAGGGGGCGGGACUGGGAAGAAGAAGCACACGUAUCGGGAAGAUGACUUCGAGCUGGACUGCUCGUUCCGGGAGUACAUCAAGCCCGACGGCACCAUUGGUGUGCGCAGCACGCAGGGCUGGUACGAGCGCUACGAGAACAACGGGUGGCGGCCUGUGGCUGAGCGCGUGCUGUUGGACGAGGACCCGGUGACCACUCUGACCCGCCUAAAGCGACAGCCAAUGUUCCACUUCAACCCCGCAGUGCGCAGGGAGCAGCGGCAGGCGGUGGCCAAACAGAAGAAGCGGGAGUGGCUGCGCAAGAUGUACGCGGAGGGCACCGGCGGCCUGCCGCGGCCGCCGCGGCCCGGCUCCGCACUGCGGCACGGCAGCGGCGCCGACGACGCCGGGGCCUGGAACGACGCCAACGCCGCGCUGGAGGAGCUCGAUGGCCUUGAGGAGGACGCGCUGGACGAGCGCGUGGACGAACUGUUGAACUGGUCGUCCCACCUGGACUACGGGGCAUACUUUGACGACUGGACGAGCAUGGCGUGCACGCUGGCGAGCGAGGCGUUUGUGCCGGAGGAGGAGGCGCCGUACCUGGACGACCUGCAGCCGGUGGUGGUGGGUGACGUGCGCAAGGCCAUGGCGGCGGCGGGCGCGCCGCUACCGCCGUUCAAGGGCGGCCCCAACGCCGCGUGCGGCGUCACGAUGCCGCUCGCACGGUAGCACAGCUGUUGGCGGUGGGGAUGCGGUUAGGAAUGUGUGGGCACAGCUGAGGGCGUGCUGAGCGUAACAAAUGAGCUGUGUGGUGUAAUGGCGGCUGGCUGUUAGUUUGAGACCUUGUUGUGCGUUGACAGCGCUGGUUGAGCGGGGUUGAGUGCAGCGGGGAAGCGGUCAGGGGGCGUGCUGUGCAUGCCGUGCGGUGAUUUACGCCAGUUCUGAAUGCAGCCGUCUCCGACCUCUGAUGCUAAGAAGGGCCGCAUACUUGCAACACUUUAACGUUGAA